UACAGGGAGGACCAUAACCAGCCAGUUGUCUUGUGGAAUACACACGCGAAGUCGUUGACAAUCGUUCAACUAGUUAAUUAAUAAAUUAAUCGAAAAACGAUUGGGGUUUUUGGGUCGUCGAUAAAUAAAUUGUGGAAAUUCUUGUGCAGUUGAUUGUGUGGAUUCUGUGAUUUGAGAAUUACGGGGCAAAAUGGUUGUGAAGGUUUACAUAUCUGGGAUCAGCGGGAAUAAGGAAGUGAAGAAGCGUCAGCAGAGGGUGAUGAUGAUCCUCGACAGCAAAAAUGUCGAGUACGAGGUGAUUGACAUCACGGAGCCCGGGAAAGAGGACGACAAGGAGUAUAUGCAGUCGAUGAGCAAUGCCAGGGACAACAAACAUCCUUUACCCCCGCAGAUCUUCAAUGAUGAGGACUAUUGCGGGGAUUACGAGGAUUUCGAUCUGGCGAAUGAGAUCGACGAAUUAGAGAAAUUCCUGAAAGUCGUUUCGCUCGACAGCUCGGCGGAAGGAACUGCUGAUCAGGAUACAGAGGUUCACGUGAAUGUCAGGCAAAAUGGAAAUACAUCGAGUCGAGAGGCCUCUACUGAUAAAGACGUCAGCGGUGUCCCCUCAGAAAGUGAAGUGAAUGAAAGACAACAUUCGACAGUGGAAGACACCGAGGACCAAUCAAAAUCCGUAGACGAUGAUUUAUCAACAAAAUCCCAAGCUGAAGAUGGAGAAAUGGACGACCUCCGCGAGGAUAUUGACACGGAUGUCCAUACCCGGAGGAUCAGUGAAUUGCUGGAGAGUUUGGGAACUGAUGUGAGAAGAGGGUUAUCGAGCUUGAGGGCUCGGGAAUUAUGGGCGGAAGUUGGGGCGAAUGCUUUGACUCCGCCGAAGAAGACUUCCGAGCUUUUGAAAUUAGCGAAGUGCUGCUGUGGGGGAUUUUCCACGCUCAUAUGGGUGGGUGCAUUCCUCUGCUUCGGCAGCUACAUUUUAGAAUCAGCGACCCAAGAGGUCCCCUCCCAAGACCACCUCUGGCUCGGUGUCGUUCUGGUACUCCUAACAAUGCUAACCGGAAUGUUCAGUUACUAUCAAGAGUCAAAAAGCACUAAAAUCAUGGAGACAUUCAACGAACUCCUCCCACAGAGAGCUGUUGCACUGAGGGACGGUGAAAGGAGGGAGCUCAAUGCGACUGAAUUAGUCCCUGGGGACAUUGUCCUCAUCGAAACCGGUGACCGAGUCCCUGCUGACAUUAGAAUCCUGGAAUGUCAAGGUCUUAAGGUCGAUAAUGCAUCAAUAACUGGUGAGUCAAUUCCACUUUUGAGAUCAUCAAUGACAUCAGGGGGAAGCAUUCUUGAGAGCAAGAACAUGAUUUUCUUCUCGACAAAUGUUAUUGAAGGUACCGGCAAGGGGGUGGUGGUGGCCUGUGGGGAUCAAACGGUGAUGGGAAGAGUGGCUAAACUCACUUCGAGGCUGUCGUCAAGGCCGACGCCACUCGCUCGUGAGAUAAACUCGUUCAUGAGGUACAUCUCCUCCUGGGCCGUGUUCCUCGGUUUUUCGUUCUUCGUAAUGUCCCUGGGGAUGGGCUACGGAUGGAUCGAGUCCCUGGUAUUUCUCAUUGGAAUUAUCGUGGCUAAUGUGCCUGAGGGGCUUCUAGCCACUGUCACUGUCAGUCUGACAGUCACUGCCAAGAGAAUGGCCAGCAAAAACUGCCUUGUGAAGAAUCUUCAGGCUAUUGAGACCCUGGGGUGCACUGCGGUCAUUUGCAGCGAUAAGACUGGAACUCUUACGCAGAAUAAAAUGACAGUCAGACAUCUGUGGUUCGACGGGAAAUUGCGAGAGGUGAUGGCUGGACACAACUGGCGAUGGUACUACAACAAUCCUGGAUUUAAUAAUUUAGCGAGGGUCGCCAGUUUGUGCAAUAGAGCCGAGUGGGCGCCCAUUUCUGGACCCCCUCCUCCCCUCAGUAAGAGAAAAAUUCUGGGAGAUGCCUCUGAGGCGGCUCUUCUCAAGUGCUUGGAGGUGCUGGUCAGGGGUGGGGCUGCAUUCUUUCGGAGGCAGUAUACAAAAAUUUUUGAGAUUCCCUUCAACUCGACUGACAAAUACCAAGCGAACAUUCACUCCUUCAACGGCCGCUACCUCCUAUCCCUCAAAGGAGCCCCCGAGAGAGUCAUAGAACACUGCACGAUGGUCUCCAUCGGUUCAGAGACCCGAGAGCUCACAGAUGAUGUUAAAUCAGCUUACACAGCCGCUUGCGACGAUCUCGCGAAAAACGGCGAGCGGAUUUUAGGAUUUGCAGACCUAGAACUUCCCAAAAAAUUAUUUCCGAGGGGUUUUCAAUUUACUGGAGAUCCUCCGAAUUUUCCACUCCAAAACCUCAGGCUGGUAGGUUUAAUGGCGAUGCUAGAUCCCCCUCGACCAACCGUCCCCGACGCUGUCUACAAAUGUCGUCUCGCUGGUGUCAAAGUCAUCAUGGUGACUGGCGAUCACCCAGACACCGCCAGAGCAAUAGCCAAAGCUGUCGGGAUCAUCACAGAAGAUCCCCAGGUCGACUCAGUCCACUCGAUCGUCAUCACGGGCUCGGAACUCCGGGAGUUGGAAGAAGGAGAGUUGGAUGCCCUCAUCAGAACCUAUCCGGAGAUUGUUUUUGCGAGAACUUCACCCGUUCAAAAGCUCCAGAUCGUCGAGAGCUGCCAGAGACUGCACUUGAUCACUGCUGUCACUGGUGAUGGCGUCAAUGACUCUCCAGCCCUGAAGAAGGCGGACAUCGGAGUGUCGAUGGGAAUUACCGGAUCAGAUGUAAGCAGACAAGUAGCUGAUUUAAUCCUCCUCGACGACAAUUUCGCCACAAUAAUCACGGGAAUAGAAGAGGGACGAAGAAUUUUCGACAGUUUGAAAUCAAGUAUUGCUUAUACUCUAGCCAGUAAUGUUCCGGAGAUCACGCCGUUCCUCGCGUUCAUUGCAUUUGGGAUUCCCCUGCCUGUGGGGAUUAUCUGCGUUCUUUGCAUAGAUUUGGGAACGGAUAUGUGGCCAGCGAUAGCACUGGCAUAUGAAGAGUCAGAGGGUGAUUUAAUAAAGAGACCUCCCCGGAUUCCCCAAACCGACCAUUUAGUCAGUAGAAAAUUGGUCUUCAUGGCCUACGGACAAAUCGGAAUGAUCGAAAUGGCGGCUGGUUUUUUCACCUACUUCGUGGUGAUGGCGGAGCACGGCUUCCGUCCUGGGGACUUGAUGGGACUGCGAGCCGCAUGGGACAACCCAGCGGUGAACGAUCUGAAGGACAGCUACAGUCAGGAGUGGUCCUACGAGCAACGAAAAAUCCUAGAGUACACCUGUCACACCGCGUUCUUCGUGGCAAUCGUGAUAGUCCAGGUGGCGGACGCAAUCGUCUGCAAGACGAGAAGAAAUUCGAUUCUCCGUCAAGGGAUGACCAACUGGAUGCUGAACCUGGGACUUCUAUUCGAAAUCGUGAUGGCUUGUGCUGUCUCCUAUGCUCCUUACAUGGAUGUAGUCCUGAAGACGUAUCCUCUGAGGGCCCAGUGGUGGCUUCCGGGAGUUCCUUACGCCGUUUUGAUAAUUGUUUAUGACGAGUUGAGGAAAUUGUGGAUCAGGAGACAUCCUGGGGGCUGGUGGGAUCGUGAGACGUCUUAUUGA